AUGGCCAACGACGAAGAGAGAAAACCGAUUGUCGACGCCCUGGGAGAGCACCAGGCCGAGGACAAGACGGCGACGGCGAUCUUGCGCCGCAAGAAGAAGGACAACGCCCUCCUUGUCGACGACGCCACCAACGACGACAACCUGAUCAUCACCAUGUCCCUGGCGACGAUGGAGCUUUUGCAAUUGUUCCGCGGCGACACCGUGUUGAUCAAGGGGAAGAAGCGCAAGGACACCGUCCUCAUCGCGUUGGCGGACGACGACAUGGAGGACGGCGUUGCUCGCAUCAACCGCGUCGUCCGUAACAACUUGCGGGUGCGCCUUGGCGACAUUAUCACCGUCCACCCUUGUCCCGACAUCAAGUAUGCCAACCGGAUCUCGGUGUUGCCCUUAGCUGACACCGUUGAGGGUUUGACGGGGCUGUUGUUCGACAUGUUCCUUAAGCCCUAUUUCGUCGAAGCCUACCGCCCUGUGCGUAAAGGUGACUUGUUCACCGUGCGUGGGGGGAUGAGACAAGUUGAAUUUAAAGUGGUGGAAGUGGACCCGGAAGAUAUCGCCAUUGUCGCCCAGGAUACCAUUAUCCACUGCGAAGGCGAACCCAUCAACCGUGAAGAUGAAGACUCUACCCUUAACGAAGUCGGUUACGACGACAUUGGGGGUUGCAAGAAGCAGAUGGCGCAGAUCAGAGAACUCGUGGAACUCCCGUUGCGCCACCCGCAAUUGUUCAAGCUGAUCGGGAUUAAGCCGCCCCGCGGGGUGCUUAUGUACGGUCCCCCGGGUACCGGUAAGACGAUCAUGGCGCGGGCGGUGGCCAACGAAACCGGGGCGUUUUUCUUUUUGAUCAACGGGCCGGAAAUCAUGUCGAAGAUGGCGGGUGAAUCGGAACUGAAUUUGCGUAAAGCGUUUGAAGAAGCGGAAAAGAACUCGCCCGCGAUCAUUUUCAUCGACGAAAUCGACUCCAUCGCGCCUAAGCGUGACAAGACCAAUGGUGAAGUCGAACGCCGGGUGGUGUCGCAAUUGUUGACGUUGAUGGACGGGAUGAAGGCGCGCUCCAACGUGGUGGUGAUCGCUGCCACCAACCGCCCCAACUCCAUCGACCCCGCCCUCCGUCGUUUCGGUCGUUUCGACCGUGAAGUCGACAUCGGCGUCCCCGACGCCGAAGGGAGACUCGAAAUCCUCAAGAUCCACACCAAGAACAUGAAGCUUGCCGACGACGUCGACCUCGAAGCCAUCGCCCUGGAAACUCAUGGUUUCGUUGGUGCCGACUUGGCGUCGCUCUGCUCGGAAGCCGCCAUGCAACAGAUCCGGGAAAAGAUGGACUUGAUCGACCUCGACGAAGACACCAUCGACGUCGAAGUGUUGGACUCGUUAGGGGUUACCAUGGAGAACUUCCGCUUUGCCCUCGGCAACUCCAACCCGCUGGCGUUGCGGGAAACCGUCGUGGAAAACGUCAACGUCACCUGGGACGACAUCGGUGGCUUGGACGGCAUCAAGAACGAACUCAAGGAGACCGUCGAGUACCCCGUGUUGCACCCCGAACAAUACCAAAAGUUUGGGCUUGCUCCCUCGAAGGGUGUCUUGUUCUUUGGUCCCCCUGGUACCGGUAAGACGUUGCUUGCCAAGGCGGUGGCCACCGAAGUGCUGGCCAACUUCAUCUCGGUGAAGGGUCCCGAGCUCUUGUCGAUGUGGUACGGUGAAUCGGAACUGAACAUCCGUGACAUCUUUGACAAGGCGAGAGCCGCCGCCCCCACGGUGGUGUUCCUCGACGAGUUGGACUCGAUCGCCAAGGCUCGUGGCGGCGGCCACGGUGACGCUGGCGGCGCCCUGGACCGGGUGGUCAACCAGUUGCUUACGGAAAUGGACGGGAUGAACGCCAAAAAGAACGUGUUCGUCAUCGGUGCCACCAACAGACCCGACCAGAUCGACCCCGCCCUCCUCAGACCCGGUCGUUUGGACCAGUUGAUCUACGUCCCCUUGCCCGACGAACCGGCGAGAUUGUCGAUCUUGCAAGCGCAAUUGCGCAACACCCCCUUGGAGCCCGGCUUGGACUUGCAAGAGAUCGCCAAGAUCACCAACGGCUUCUCCGGUGCCGAUUUGCUGUACAUUGUCCAGCGCCUGGCCAAGUUUGCCAUCAAGGACUCGAUUGAGGCUCUGAUCAAGGUGAAGAAGGAGAAGGAAGCCGCUGCCGCUGCCGCCGGCGACGACGCUGCCGACGUCGACAUGGACCAGGCCGACCCCGUGCCUUACAUCACCCGCGCCCACUUUGAAGAGGCGAUGAAGACGGCUAAGCGGUCGGUGUCCGACGCCGAGUUGCGUCGUUACGAAGCCUACGCCCAGCAAUUGCAAUCGUCGCGGGGCCAGUUCUCCAACUUCAGAUUCAACGAAGGCGACAACCAGCAGUCCGGCGGCCAGGCGGCGUUCGGCGGUAACGACGACGACGAUGAUUUGUAUAACUGA